GGCCAUGGGUUUUUUUUUGGGUAACGGCGUCAGUUUUCUCUCUCUUCUUCUUUUUUCCUCUCCGUUAGUCAACGUUAGAUCACAAAUUUCUUUCGAUUUUUUUAAGAACAAGCGUGAGUUCGACACGUGGCUCGCCGAGAAAUUUGAGUCCGAUUAGGUUCCUCGGCGAUUUCGUUUUCUUUCCUUCCCUUUUGCUUCUUCAAAUUUUAUGUCGAUGGCGGUUCCUGGGGAAGAGAAGCCGAGACACCAUGGGCGCACUGCGUCUGCAAUUCCUUCGGGAGAGUUGAAUUUAAGAUUGUUGCUCUUAUGUUCCCGCUGGCUUGAAGGUUCACCUGGCUUCAUGACAUCAUGCAACUAACACGAGCUUCUUGCUUUGUCCAAGGAAAUCGUUCGAGAUGGACUGCAGGGCUCUUCAUUGGAUGAGACCGAACAUUAAAACUAGAUCUUUUGUAUAAGGACACACUGAAAAGCAUGCUCGUUUCGGCUGGCCAAAGGUUGCAAUUCUGCUUUCUAUUCUUCUAUGCGGUGGUUCGGAAUUUAGGACCACGUCACUUGUCCUGAUCAAGACUGAAUAUCUAGAUAUUUUGUCGGAAAGAUUACAUCUGCAGGAAAUCCAGAAUCUCAAAACCUCCAACCGCCCUCCUUUGGACUGGAAAUGGUUUGCCAGAAUAGCUUUUUGCAAGGUCUUGAACGUUGUGAUGCUAAAGGAGAGUGAGUCAUGUCGUUAACCAGCCCAUACGGUUUAUGAGUGUGCGUGUGUCCUUUUCUUUUGUCGUCUUGACUUUUAGAAAGAAAUGUUUAAGUUAUUAUUAGGGUUCGUACGUAAGCAUCUAACAGAGAGGCAGAAGAGAGUGUGUUAGUGGGGAAUCACUUGCCCUUAUUAACCGAGGGGUCUCAGCUUUGUCUUCAUGAGCUGAGCUAUCCGUACGUUUAGGGUAACAUGGUUUGGCAAAAGGCAAGAAUCAUAUUGAAAGAGAGCUGCUAAAAAAGCAGCAACCUGUGUAAUUUCUAUCUAUGGCAGUAAAUCUCUGCCCAGAAUAAGCAUCCGAAACCCAGGUGGGCUCGUUCUAUUCGUUUCUCAACUUUAUUGUAUUAAAACCAAAGCCCUGGUCAUUUAUGUAUUUUCCAUCUUUUUAAAUGCAAUAUGAAGGUGGAUUUCAGGUCAUAUCAAGUGUGCGGAAUACGUGUUUUUCCUUGCAUUCAAAUACACAAGGACGGCGAGCGUUGUUGGGUAAGCGUGUUUUUUACGCACAUUUUUUUUGUCCUCUCUUAGAUAGCUUGGCAAAUUUUUAAAGGGUAUUCAUACCUUGUCUUGGAUAGUUUGGAUAGUUUGGUGUUGAUACCCAUUUUGGGUGUCAUUGACUUUGGGUAUCCAUGAUUCGACUAUUUGAGUCAUGGCUCGGAUACGUGAAUCUCGUAUACCCAAUUUUUGAUGUCAAUACUUGUCCCCGUCUCAUCAAUUAGAGGAUUACCUAUGUAUACCCAAUUUUUGGGUAUUUUUUUUUUCUCCAUGGUAUGAUGUGAUCCAUGCAUGUUCCACGCCAUGGGCAUUCCUUCUACAAGUGCAUUGUGGCAUAUGUUUGUCGCCAUGAUUGGUGCCCAUAAUCGUAGACUUAGUUGAUGGGGAUUUCAACAUUGGUGGGCUGUUUGUUGUCAUGUCGUUACAUGCUAGUUUAAGAAUCAACCGACAUAGGAUUGGAACGUGCGACACAUGAAUCUUUGCUUUGAGCAAAAGAAUGUUAGCACAGAAGCAGGUCGCUGUAAUAAUAUGUAAAAAUGAGUACGAGGACUUUUGGUCGGCUUUUUUUUUUCUCUCCCUGUGAAGAUAAAUAGAGAAACGGAUUACAAAGCUUGUAACUUUUCGGGGUUUUACUCCCCACAUGUGGUUCUACCACAUUCAAUCUCUUCAUUAGAAAAACAGGCAAAGGUUGGAUAUCAUAUGGUUUUCCGAAAUUGCAUAUUUUGUUAUUUUAUUAUUUUUUUGGGUGUUAAACUAAAUAUAAACACUUUGGAAUAAAGACAGUUGACUCAUACAGCAUUUUUUUUUAAAAAAAAUGUUUUUAUUUUAACCAUGUCCACCAUAGAAUUAAUUUGUUUCUUCGUUGGAUUCCCCCUCGCCUUUUUCUAUUUAAUUGAAAUUAUUCUUGUAUGCAUUGUGUGUCAUGUUUAAAUAAUUUGCAUUAUUCAAAAGUGGUGGUGUGUCAAAAAGCUCUCUGCACACUAUACCCCUCUUUUUUUAUUCAACUUUUGGGCAUCUACAAAUUGGCACCCUCCCUUCCUUACCCUUCAUGUUCAUUUUCAACGCAUCUCUUGCUUUCUCUGCUUCACUUGCUUCUUUACUUCACAUCCCAAUAACCUCUUAGUUAUGGCAACUGUUGUGUGUCAUAAAGGGUUUCAGCCAUGUUUAGAGUCCCAACUCAAUGAGCCAUUUGCUCUGAGGCUUAGGUUAUCUUCACCCAAUCCUCACCACUUCUUUCAGCCUCUUGAGUUAUCUUUUAAGUCUUUUCCCUUAGAAUCCAUUCCGGGGGACACUAGCAAGCGUAUCAACUCGGUGUCCACCCAUCCCGACUCGGGUUGUCAGAGCUUCCUCGAGGCUAUCUCGAGCGGCUCUCCUCUAUCAAACCCUAGCCUUGGUGAGAACGAGAGAACUUAUGGUCAAUGCUCCCCGUCUAAGAUUCUAAGUGAAAAGAGCUUGGCGUUGUGCACUGAGAAUCUUGGAAACGAGUCGGGCUCCGAUGAUAUCUCUGGCAAUGACGUGUUCUCAUUUGCUUCAUCCGAUGUCGAGACAAAAACGUUAUCGAGUAAGGGUUCGAAAGGUAGGAAAGGGAGCGCGGUCCCUAAUUUGCCACCUCCUUUGAAAAGUAUGAGGGGGUCCGACUGUAUUCACCUGAGGCCUUACCGAGAAGACGGGAGAUUAGUACUAAAAGCCUCCAAGGAGCCACUCAACAAAACAUGCUUUCAGGUUGAAAGAGGCAAUGGCCGUCUCCGUCUCUGCAUCUUAAGAGAUUAUGACCAAAUAGCAGAUAAAGAAGAAGAAGAGGAGAUGAUCGAGCCUGAAAGUGAUGCGCUCAAAGAAGAAGAAGAAGAAGAAAAGGAAGGAAACCAAGUGGAGGGAAUGGUGAAUCAUAUUCAAAGUCCUGGAAGGUGUGUUCAUGGCGAUCGAGAUUGUAUUGGAUUGCUAAAUUGGGAGCAUUUCUGUGUUGCCACUUCUUAAAAAUAUAUAGAAACUC